UCGAGUUCACAGUAAAAGAUGGUGAUCGUGUGAAUGUCUCUGAUUCGCUUCGUUCUGCUCUAAACACACAAGAUCUUUUAUAAUGGAAGCAGCAGAAGAUAGAGCAGGAUCUUCCAGAAACCCUGGAGCACAGGUUCCUGCUGCUGAUCAGUCACAGGAAGAGACUUGUACAGCUCCAAGUGAAGGAACAUCAAGCUCUGUAGGACACGUGACCCCUCCAGACUGGAAUGGAGGAUUCCAGGAGGACCUCACAUCCCUCAAGUCUGGAGGCGGUUUGAAGGAAGAGAUUGUGGAGGUGAUCAUCGGCAAUUACGAUCAUGGAAGCGGCUUCCACAACGGUCAAGAUAAUGAAGCCAAUCAAGGGGAAAAACCUAAAGAUGACGACAACCUGUACUGUGAGGAAUGUGGAACCUACUUCUACAACAAGUGUGAGGUUCACGGUCCAGCUCUCUUCAUCCCUGAUACCCCCGUCCCCAUGGGGGUGGAGGACCGAGCCAGACAGACUCUUCCACCUGGGCUGGAGGUUCGGACGUCCGAUAUCCCCGAUGCAGGUCUAGGAGUGUUUAAUAUGGGGGAGACUGUUCCUAUCGGGGCACAUUUCGGACCCUACCAGGGAGAGCCGGUGGACCGAGAGGAAGCCGUGAUCAGUGGAUACUCCUGGGUGCUUUGCAAAGGCAACCAGUGUAAAGAAUACAUAGAUGCAACAAGAGAGACCCACGCUAACUGGAUGAGGUACGUGAAUUGCGCUCGUAACGAAGAGGAGCAGAAUCUGCUCGCAUCUCAGUUUCGAGGGGGGAUUCUGUACCGCUGCUGUCGACCCAUCGAGUCGGGACAGGAGCUCUUGGUGUGGUACGACGACGAUUACGCCAGAGUGACCGGGAUGACGUUGGAAUAUAUUUGGAACAGGAAGUGCUCUGGGAAAGAAAAGAAAGACGCCCUUUUGCAAGUGUUCUCCUGCUCCCUGUGUCCAAUUUCAUACACAGCUGAGAUCUACCUUCACAAACACAUCUGGAGGUGGCACCACGAGGAGUACCUGAGACUCCAGAGAUCCGGAGAGAUUAAAAACGAUCUGACCACGAGAAGCUCCUCGGGUCGCCUCUGCGUCAACGUCUCUCGCGGACAGACGCGGGAAAGAAAUUUCGUCUGUUCGCAGUGCGGAAAAAGCUUUCCCCAUCAGACUGCACUCCUAACACACCAGCGCAUUCACACGGGGGAGAAGCCCUAUCAGUGUUCGCAGUGUGGGAGGUGUUUCCGCCACCCUAACACCCUCAACGACCACCAGCGCACUCACACGGGAGAGAAGCCGUACACCUGCUCGCAGUGCGGGAAGAGUUUUGCCCAGCAGGGUAGCCUUAAACAGCACCAGCGCAUUCACACGGGGGAAAAGCCUUAUCAGUGCGUACAGUGCGGAAAGAGUUUCACUCAGCCGAGCAACUAUCAACAACACCUGCGCAUUCACACAGGAGAGAAGCUGUAUAGCUGCUCGCAGUGCGGGAAGAGUUUCACUCACCAGAGCACCCUGCGCCAACACCAGCUGGUUCACGACGGCGUGAAGCCGCAUCACUGCUCGCAGUGCGGGAAGAGUUUCUUUCACAAGAGUUACCUGAAACUACACCUGCGGGAUCACACAGGAGAGAAGCCGUACCAGUGCUCACAGUGCGGGAAGAGGUUCACUCGCCAGACCUCUCUCCAAACGCACCAGCGCAUUCACACAGGAGAGAAACCAUAUCAGUGCUCUCAUUGUGGGAAGAAAUACACUCGCCAGACUACUCUGCAUCGACACCAGCGUGUUCACGCGGGAGAAAAGUCAUGAUGCAGCUGAACGUGUGGAUCCAGGAGGUUAAUUUAUUAAUUAAACAUAAUGAAUCAAACGUUUGCUUCCAUUUUAAUGUCGACAUUCUUUGUUUGCACCUGAUUGACGAACCAGUACUGCAUGUUCCUGAUGAAGUGCUCCCAUUCUGGCUUAUCUCGCCUGAACAAGUGUUAGAUUUGAUGAUUCUCCAGCUGCUGCAGGUACCGUAAUGGAUCUGCUUGAGAGUUGGCAGAAGACAUCCAGUAGAUGCUGUGGGUUGUUGGCUCUUAAUUAAUAUAUUCCAGAUUAAAUGUUACAUUAAAUAAGUUAAUUUAUCACAUUUUACUAGUUUUUUUUAUACUGUUGAGCGCUCAGUGUGGAGGAAGAUGUUUCAGGAGUGUGAGUGUUUGUUGUGCAAUGUAGCCAAGUUUGGAAAACAUAUAGCCUAAACAACAAAGUGAUGUCUCUCCGUGUCAGGGAGAUCCACAUGCACCCACUGUUCAUCUGGUUGUCCAUAAUUUUCAUUCACUGCCAUUUCUUUUGAGGUUCUUUGAAUACACUUGCAGAUUUGCACUCCC